CGCCCUUUAAAUGAAGAAAGGGAUUUCCAAGCGUCUGUAUUUUGAAGACUAAACUCUUUAUACAAAGAUGGCGGCUGGUGUUGUUGUGAAAGGAGUGUAACAUUUUACAUUUUUGUUUUAAAUAUCAGAGCAAUUUAAAAUAAGAACUAGACUGAUGGUCGAGUGAAAGGAUUACAUCAUAUUCAUGGCAAGAAGGAUCACUGUAGAUAAAUCCAAGAAAAUGAGAGAUACUACAGAGUCGAGGCGGCCUAGUGUGUUUGAGCGGCUUGGUCCAGGAGCAAGCGGAGGGCGUGAUGGAAAUCGUCAAGAUAAGUGUCGUAAUUGGCUGAGGGAUGGCCAUUGUGCUUUUGGAUCUAAGUGUCAUUUUCAGCAUGGCCCAUACAGAUCUUCAGAGGCAGACGCUGGGGACCUUCGCUUGAGAGUUGAGAGUAAACGUGCGGAGCUGAAGAAGCAUAGCUAUGACCGAUCUCGGUCACCCUCAUCAAAGAGAGAAAAAUCCAAAAGAAACAAAGAUAAGGACCUGGAGCGAAGAAAGAAGAAGAAAUCAAAAGAGAAAAAAGUUGGCCCGGUGGUAUCAAAAAGACGUUCUCCUAGCAGUGAGCGAGAAGAUGAUGGCCGAGAUUGGGACAGAUUUCUAGGUCAAGAUGAUUCAGUAGAUCAAGAUUCAGAGCAUGAACGUGAAUUAGAAAGACGACGACAGGACUUGAAACGACAACUGGCGCAAAUGGAAGAAUUGGAUAGCGAGAGGGAACAUGUACAUCAAGAAAAGUCAACUAGUGAGAGUAGCUCAUCGUCCAGCUCGAGUAGUGACAGUGACAGCACAACAAGUAGCAGCAGCAGUAGUAGCAGUAGCAGCAGUGAUGAAAGCAGCUCCAGGUCCCCAUCGCCUGUCAGUCGAAAAUCCAAAAAGAAAAAGCUCCAGAAACUAGGCAAGCGAGAGAAGGGGCAUCCAGUGGUUGAAGUGAAGCCGAAACGUGGCAGGUCUCGCGAAAAAAAAUACAAAUCUGGGAAAGACAAACGAAUAAUUUCACCUGAAAUGCCUAAACGGAAACACAAAGGUCACUCAAAUUUGACCACUAGUAAACAGAUACCUUCAGUUUCAAGUCAGAGGUCUAAAGUUCAAGAUAUGGAUGUUCAACCAAAGAAAAGUAAACACAAAGAAACUAAGGGAAAGGGUAAGGAUGGCAAAAUGGAAGGAAAGUCAAAGGAUGUAGAAAAGAAAAGGAAAAGGAGUCGCUCAGGUCCAAAAGAUGAUAAAAUUGUUGCUAAAAUUUCGCAUCAAAAGAGAGGUGGAAAAAGUGUUGCAGAAGUUGCUCCACAUAAACGAACAUCCCUCACACCUCCACCACGGACUCAAAAGGGACGUGGACACACAUCUCCAUCUUCUAAAAUUUAUUCGCCAUCAACACCGACUCAGUCCGAGUCUCCUUAUUCUGUGAAUCGCGACAGAAGUCCUUCCCCAGUCCCUCAAAAGCUGCGUGCCUCUCCGAUACCAUUUGAACGCUAUCGCGGUGUUUCUCCAAAUUUGCCAGCCAAAAGAGGACUUGCUUCGUAUGGGACAGUGUCGCAGACGUCAAGCAGAGGACCAACACCGCCAACUCAGUUCAGGAAGAGGCCUCGUUCACCGUCCCCUUCAAGCUCUCAAAGGUCCUAUUCACCUGCUGUUUCAAAGCGUUCAACCUCUCCUAGGCCCAGAACAGAGCACUACAGAACCAGCUCGAGUGAGAGAUUUGACUCCAGGAAAAGUGGGAAAUAUACCCCAACACCAGGCUACAAGGACAGAUCUGAAGAACUAUAUCUUCCUCAAGAUCAUGGACGUGGGCAUCCCAAGUAUUACCGCGGUGUCCCCCCACAUCCUCAUAUGCCUAUCGAUGAUCGGUAUCGAGAACAUCCAACCAAGUAUCCACCCACACAGCGCCACCAUGCGCCUCCAAUCCAAGAUGACCGACGACUCAGGGAAAGAGGGCAUUUUGAAGACAAGAGGUACGAUCAUCAUGGAGAUGCUUAUUAUCGUAAAGAAAGUCUUGAUGGCAGAAAACGACCACCACGUGAUGAAGUACGAUCCAUUUCACCAUCUCAAAAGCGUAGACAUCAACUUGACAGUGUUUCAGGAAGGCAAAGAGGCUUAGGCCAAAGCCCAAGUCCAGGUCCAAGGGAUCGCAGGAGAGAUCAACCUCGAGAUGACUACCGAAGACCUUCUGAUAUGCAAGGUGACAGAAGAUUUCCGCAACAAGGAAGAGAUCGCUAUAGAGAUUGGACAGCAGAGGAACAAAGGGAUUACAGGAAAGAAGACUCUAAAGAAAGAGAUGCUAGAUAUAAGGAACCAGGUCCUGCCAUUCAGGAACCAUUACGACCAGAUGAAGGAAGGUCAGACCAAGGGCUCCUUAAACGUAGAAGGGAAGAUGAUCGGAGUGAGCAGAGCUUACGGAAGCGCUCUAAAUUAAGUUCUGAUAGAACAGAUAGAAAGAGUGUGGACAGUGAUGUCAUGUCUAAAGGUCGGUCACAAAAAGGAGAUGUUCCUGAAGCAGUUUUUAGUGACUGGUCAGAUGAAGAAGGAAGUGAGGAAUUGUGGAAUGCAGAUGGAUUUGAUGCAAAGAAAGAGGACAAUACACUGCCAUCCUCUAGAGAUAUACAGAUAAAACCAGUAAUAGAAGAACAACGAAGGGAACCGAAAGAAUACAAACAGAAACGUGAUUUAACAAGUGCUCGUGCUCCUGAAAUACAAGAGCGUGCCAGAAGAAGUCGUAGCAGAGGAAGCACUUCCAGUCAGCAGAGUUCUGUGAGUUCUGAUCAUCGAAGCAAAAGACAAGGCGAUUUUUAUGACAGGGAGAGACAUCAAAGAUUGAGGAGUGAGAGCCACGGAAUGACAGAAAAAACAGAGCAUAUAUCUCCAACUGCAUUCCAGCAUAUUCAAACUGGAAAAGAGAUCACUAGCGAAGAGAGUCUUGUUUCUUUCCCACCAGAAGUGGAACAUUGUGAUCAAAAGGAAGCAAAUGAAGAAGUGGCACAGGGAGAUGUACCUAAAGAAAUGGAGGAAGAUUUGAAGGAAUCAAAUGUAGCAGCUACAAAUGACAAUAUAUAUGAUUCCUUUAGUGACGAUGAUGAUAUUGAGAAGGUUCUACACAAUGAAUGUUCUGAAGGAAUAUCAUCCACAAUGGAAACAAAAUCAGAACCAGAUAAAGCAAAAGACUUGUUAGAGAUAGACUGGAGUAGUAUCCCUGUAGAUUUCAAGGCCCCCAAAGAAGAUGCAACCAACCAGCCUGGAUCAGCUCUAAGUCGCUUCACACCAGGCAGUAUCCUAGCUCGUAUUGGAGUCUCAAGAGCUCUGGCUGGGCCUAGUCUGAUUAAGCGUAUUAUUGAAGCCUGUAAGGAGGCAACACCAGAAGGAGGUGAGGUUCCAAGAUUUGAUUGCGCAUUGGGUGCCUUUAAUGCCAACGCUCAACAGAAGGCUCAUCAGCGAAAGAAACUUCUGUCAGACGUUGGCCCUUGUCGUAGAGCUCUUUCAGCCAGGUGGGACCUACAGAUAAGGAAACAGCUCAGGAAGACUCCCCGGGAUAUUGAUGCAAGUGUGUUCAGUGCCUCAGCAGUUGAUCCAGAGCUAUAUAAACACAGUCUGCAGCUGUUUAGAAACUGCCAAGAACUUUAAGUCUAGAAUUCAAUUGAUACCCAUCACAAUGUAACUGUUAGCCAAGAUAAAGAGGGUGUAUUUUUUCUUUUGAUACAUAGAGGGCGACAUCAUCAAAAAGUAGAAAGUGAAAGUUCUGACAAGUAAUUGAGGAAAGAGUUUGUCGUCAGCACUGGUUCAGAGAUAAAUAUUUUUGCAAUGAUACAACAGUAUUAAACCUUGCAAGACUGAAAAAUUACUUGUAUCAGUGGAAAAGAUACUUUUAUUUAGAUAAUUUUGUUUGACUAAUCAGUGUUGGAAAAAGACUAGUGAAAUGGACUAAAGCUGAAAACACUCAGUGCGUCUGACUGUUGUCGUCCGACACGAUUCUGUGGUGAAUGCAAUGCCACGAUGUUCUGCAACACAUUGUUUUUAACACGUUGACUGCCGGCGACGAGUAUACUCACCCCACAGGGAGCCGAGGGCGCUGGGGUUGACUAUACUUGUCAAAAUUGGAGUAACAUUCUAGAGUUUAUUACUUCUUUGUUAUACAUAGUAGAACCACAGACUAACGGCUGGUAGUUCGGGGAAGAUACACCUAGACGAUAACGUACAAAUAAUGGAUGUAUAUUUGUAGUGUUAUAUUGCCAGCAGUACACUCGAUUGCACAAGUGGGGGCAUCCUCUGAACAUACACCAACCCAUAUAAAAAGCGGACGAGAAAACUCGCACUUGACAGAGACGAUAAAAAAUACUGUCCCAGUGCCCUUUGUGAAAUAUGAAAUCAGAGGAAUGGAAUUGUAAUUUUUUGCGAAUAAAAAUUUAAACUGAAAUUUAAAAGUGUAAAUGCGUUUGACUGCUUGCUUUACAGAAUUAAACAUUUGUUUUCAUUCUUAUAAAUUCUUGCUGCAAAAUCCAACAAAUAUUUAUUUGUUAUUUCAAUACACAAUCAACAGCAGCCGAACAAAAUGCAACUAACCUAAACAAACUUUAGAAAACAUAAAACAAUGUUGUAGUUUUAUAUUGCUCAACUUGGUCUGUGUAAUUCGGGAUCGGCCGAUAUCAGAGGUGUGAUUUGUUGGCCUUUUCACGUCACCGGCAAUCUUUUAUUUCAUUAAUAUUUUAUUGUAUUUUUGCCUGUGUGAAGUCGAAUAAAUAAA